AUGAUGCGCUUUCGCACGUCUCACAGCGUCGGCGCGCUGCUCCUGCUGCUGGUAGCGCGCGGCGCCCCGAGCGCCGGGUCGUCGGCGAGCGGGACGCUGGCCCGCCCGAGGCUGGAGGGCUCGGCGAGCGGUCGCCCUCGCGAACCGCAGGCCGAGUUCGGGAGGCGCCAGGCUACAAGCGGCGAGCAGUUGCUCAAGCUCUUUGCGAGUGAUGGGAUCCAACUCCACAGGUUCGGUGUAUCGGUGGCCGUUAGCUCCGACGGGGCCCGCGUGGUGGUGGGGGCCAACUACUAUGACGACCAGGGCGAUCAGCAUGGCUCCGCGUACGUGCUCGACGGGGCCACUGGCGAGAGGCUGCUCAAGCUUGUGGCGAGUGAUGGGGCCUUCCUCGACUAUUUCGGUACUUCGGUGGCCGUGAGCUCCGACGGGGCCCGCGUGGUGGUGGGGGCCUACUCUGACGACGACCAGGGCUUCAAUUCUGGCUCCGUGCACGUGCUCGACGGUACCACCGGCGAGAGGCUGCUCAAGCUUGUGGCGAGUGAUGGGGCCGCAGGCGACAAUUUCGGAAUCUCGGUGGCCGUGAGCUCCGACGGGGCCCGCGUGGUGGUGGGGGCCAAAGGUGACGACGUCCAGGGCGAUGGGUCUGGCUCCGCGUACGUGCUCGACGGUACCACCGGCGAGAGGCUGCUCAAGCUUGUGGCGAGUGAUGGGGCCGCAGGCGACAAUUUCGGAAUCUCGGUGGCCGUGAGCUCCGACGGGGCCCGCGUGGUGGUGGGGGCCAACGGUGACGACGACCAGGGCAGUGGGCUGCUCAAGCUUGUGGCGAGUGAUGGGGCCGCAGGCGACUCUUUCGGAGCCUCGGUGGCCGUGAGCUCCGACGGGGCCCGCGUGGUGGUGGGGGCCCGGGGUGACGACGACCAGGGCAGCUAUUCUGGCUCCGUGCACGUGCUCGACGGUACCACGGGCGAGAGGCUGCUCAAGCUUGUGGCGAGUGAUGGGGCCGCAGGCGACAAUUUCGGAAUCUCGGUGGCCGUGAGCUCCGACGGGGCCCGCGUGGUGGUGGGGGCCUACUAUGACGACGACCAGGGCUUCAAAUCUGGCUCCGUGCACGUGCUCGACGGUACCACGGGUGAGAGGCUGCUCAAGCUUGUGGCGAGUGAUGGGGCCGGAUACGCAAAAUUUGGUAAUUCGGUGGCCGUGAGCUCCGACGGGGCCCGCGUGGUGGUGGGGGCAUUUUAUGACGACGAUCAGGGCGUUGAGUCUGGCUCCGCGUACGUGUUCGACGGCACCAUCGUCACCACCGAGACGGCCACGAGUUCCGCCACCGAGACAACAAGUGAGACGACCACCGCGACGACCACCAAGACGGCCACGACGACCACCGAUACGGGCACGAUUUCGGACACGUCAAACACCACAGCCACCGAGCCAUGGGAAUUAAUUGCAGUCUUCGCUGGUGUCUUGAUCUUCUUCAUUCACAACGCGGAGGUGGAGGUCAACUAG